GAGCAUCRAAGGUUUCUAGUACGUAAUUUUACGUCAGACCACCKUGGAAUACUUGUCGACRCAUCWACCCUAUCCAUCUUGGUGGUGCCAUUCUCUUUAUUGCUCGCCCCGAUUGACCAUUAACAUCAGAUUUYUGUUGCAAUUAAAUGGGGUUUCACUUCCGAGACUGWAGUCACAACGACCAUGAACGAUCAAGAGCGCCAACAGAGCAACCUUUUACCAAUAUCUGAAGUGACCGGUAAGCAUCAAGCAGAUAUUGGUAUUGAGAGGUGUGCAGGGAACGAAAACACAACACAAACACAGAAAACUAUGACAGCACAAAAAGAAUMUUACGAAGAUAGCUCKAAGGAUCCUUUCAAUAGUGACAARGAAAAGUUAGUGAAUUUGUCACCCAAGAAAGAGAACGCGGAUGACAUUGCAUCUAUGAUUUCUCAYAUCGUAGGCCGAGUUUGCGAAGACUCCGUUGCUUCGGAUGUUAGCGGUUUAACGGAUGCAGACAUUUUUAGGACGGAAGACUUCCACUCUUCCCCCACCAAUGCACACUCCGUCGAAACUGUUGUUCAAAAUGAAUCACUCUCUUCCUCCAAGAAUAAGAAGAAUUUCAAAUCUGUGGUUCGUAGAGCUCCCAAUGCACCGGCGGUAUCCGGCGCGCUSACCGAUAUUGAAUCAGAGAAUACAUCGACCACAGUUAGUAGUAGUCACGAAGAAAAGACUCCCAAGAGCAGGAAGAGGUCUGUCAGCUUUUGUGAUGUUCAGGUCCGCAAUUACGAACGCGUUCUAGAGUUAAAUCCGUCUGUGACAUCUGGCCCCGCACUUGGGAUUGGCUGGAAAUAUUCCGUUGAACAAGAGUAUUCGGUGGAGAAUUUUGAAGAUAGCCGAGAGAAUUUCCGUCGCCACUCAAUGAAAGAACUUGCCGUGUCCCGGGAUGAGCGCGAGGAUAUUCUGCGUAGCUUGGGUUAUUCCCAGAAAGAGAUUGCAGGAUCUGUCCGAGCCAUCAUUCGAGCGAAGAACCAACGCAAGCAAACAAUUCACAACUUGCAUGUGUCCUCUAUGGAAGAGUUUAUGGAAAAAGCAACAAGAAAAGUGAAGCGAGUAUUGUUGUUCCCRCUCCACAAUCGCAAGAAGGCGAAAGCGCUUUACUCUUAUCCAACWCAAUCGCCUUUAAGUGCCAAGACUUUAGAUUCGUGUGCGCUGAAGAAAACAUCUCUCCGUGCUUAAAACGCUKUUGCCAAGGCACAAAGAAUGAUCCAUAUCGGGUAGUUUACUUUGGAUGUCAUGGUCAAAUAUUCUACCAACCAGCAUUUUCCUUCGCUCGCUGGAUUCUAUAACAUGUUCACCUUCUCUAGUUUGAUCUUCUCACAAGAUCCCUCACAACUCAGGCAUCGUUUUUGAAUAACUUCAAUUUUACCUUCCAAGAAGUUAACGGAUAUGCCUCUGAUUCGUUCAUGAUGAUAAUGAAUCGCCGAUUUAAUYACUAAGCUUUUGCUGAAAGCGGCGAACAGUAUUUUGGUCCAUCAUCCAUACUGGCUUUUUGUCAAAGUUUUGGAAACCGUAMACAARACAAUUUUCACAUCCAAACUUYGUGUUCGUGGCCAAGACACACAACAACUUUUCAUAUAAUUUUUCACCAAUUUUAAAAAUAAUUUAGUUUAGCGAAC